AUGACUGCCAUUACAGCCUGUCUGUGGGCCAAGACAACCUUUGCUGAAUCGAACCUUAUACAUCUCCUGUCUUACGCCGUGAGUGACAACACCAAUGCUUUCCUCACUGGGUUCGAUGGGAAUGGAAACAUCUUUUUCUAUAUAUCUAGUCAGCGAAUCACAACAUCAAUUCCGAGUUCUGAAAUUAAUGAUGGAGCCUGGCACCAUUGGUGUUUCGCUUGGAAUAAUGGCGUUGGAGCGUGGACAGUAUUCAGAGAUGGCAUGUCAGCAGCGGGGGGCACUGGUUUCCAGACGUCUAGGAGCAUUCCACCAA